AUUGCUGCCAAUGUCCCGGAUCGAAGAACCAAAGAUUGUCGCAAACGGUGGGUCAGUGGCCUCAAUGAUUCCUUGCGCAAGGGUUGCUGGUCCACUGCCGAAGACGAGGCCGUGAAGAAGAGCAUCAAUGAGCGCGGCAACGACUGGGCCAAGAUCUACACUAUCGUCGGCCACCGCCCAGGGGAUCAGUGCUCCAAAGCGAUAAAAAGAGGUCCUCGAUCCGACAUUUGAGCGAGAGGCGUGGUCGGAGGAAGAGGAAAUCAAGCUGCUCGACCUCUACGACAACUUCGGCAUGUCGUGGAAAAGAUCGCAACCCACUUUGACGGGCGACGUGCCCUCAGCUGCCGCAAUUGUGCAUGCAAGCUCCUCGUCGCACAGAAGAACCUAAGCCGAGGACCAAUAAGGCCGAGCAGGUGUGUUUGGCUACGCUUGCUGAGGGUUCGACGCCGAACGAGGCACCGCCACACUCGGCCAACGAGGAGCAAGAGCUGUCAGCCCAGCCAGAGUCGCCCGCCAUAGCCUUAGCAGCGGAAGCAGCAGAGCCGCUUUCUAAGUUCACCAGUCUCUCUUCUUCCUUCGCAUCUACAUCUACUGAGGAAGAUCAGGCGUCGGAAAUGGCACCCACUGACGACCUGGGCCAAUUCACCAAGUGUUGCGCGGGUGACGCCAGGAUCCUGCCCCUCUUGACUUUACCCAGACUCCUCCAGUGACGGCCAUGACUUUUGGAAUCGAGUCUAUCGUCAACGACAUGCAGGUGGAGCCAAGUGCGUCCGCACAAUAUUUGCAGCUGGCAGACACGCAGUUGCAGAGCUCCACCCCUCAAUCCAUGCCAACGAGGGCCGC